AUCUUCAAACCAAAAUAUCUUUGAUAAUGGAAUAAAUUUAUUUUAAAAACAAUGCGAGAAGACCAAAAAAUGAUAGAUAAAAUGAAUUGAAACGUCUUUCAAUGGCUACUCCAGAUAAUGAGGCUCCUGAAAAUGUACAAUUUGUUAAGGAGAUUGAAUACAGCGAGAUCGAAAAGUUGGAGAUUGUAGGUGAAGGUAGCUUCGGUGUCGUAUACCGAGGAAAAUGGAAAGGUAAAGAUGUCGCAGUAAAAAACAUAACCACUGAAGCCGAACGUAAGGCGUUCGCCGUCGAAGUACGUCAGCUAUCCAGAGUCGACCAUGACAACAUUGUGCAAUUGUACGGCGCCUCGACGAAGGGCCCCAACAUAUGUCUCGUAAUGGAAUACGCCGAAGGCGGCUCGCUGUUUAACGUGCUGCAUUCGAAGCCUCGCGCGCAGUACUAUGCGGCUAACGCGAUCUCGUGGUGUCUGCAGUGCGCCCAGGGUGUCGCGUAUCUGCACGCCAUGAAACCGAAACCACUAAUUCACAGAGAUCUGAAACCGCCCAAUCUCUUGCUUAUAAUGGAGGGUCGAAAGCUCAAGAUUUGCGAUUUCGGUACCGCGGCGGAUAAGAGUACUUAUAUGACGAAUAAUAAAGGGUCGGCGGCUUGGAUGGCACCAGAGGUGUUCACAACGUCGAAUUAUACCGAGAAAUGCGACGUGUACAGUUGGGGAAUAAUCCUGUGGGAGGUGCUAUCGAGGCGAAGACCUUUCUAUCACCUGAAGGGGUCCGCGUUUACGAUAAUGUGGGCCGUGCACAAGGGAAUGCGACCGCAGCUCAUACGUCACUGUCCGCCGCCGUUAGAAAAGCUAAUGCAAGACUGCUGGGACGAGGAUCCGUCGAUAAGGCCUAGCAUGCAAAAGGUGGUCGAGAUUAUGAGUGCCAUUUCGACGUUUUUCCCCGGCGACGAUCAACCCAUUGUUUAUCCUAUAGAGGAUGACAGUGUGGAGGACGAGUGCGAAGAAGAUGAUCUUUAUGUGAAAUCGCAAUUUCCUGACAAUAGUAAGACUAACUUGGAAAAUUCUAGGCAAUAUACGCUUCCGCAGCCGCCCGAUUCGGGGAUGCCGCCUUUGUCUGUGGAAGUUGAUCCGGACGCAUGGGAAUUAGAAGAGUAUAACGACUUAGAAUUGCGCACCAUGCCCGGAUUUGACAAGAUGAUGCCCAAAAACUGUAGUAGAAGCACGGUACAAACAGAAGUACAAAAUUCAAUUCCCCCCGAAGCGCCGGACUCGCCCGAUCCGAACCUCGACAACAUGUACCUACUCCUGGAUCCGCAUCUUCGCCCCGCCACGCCCGACUUGGACGAUCCCAGUUCCGUCUCGCUAUUCGAGGAACACAAACAAUUAGCUCAGGAAUAUCUUAAGGUACAAACGGAACUAGCGUAUUUAUCACAGCGAAAGACGAAACUACAGGAAACACAAAGUUUAGAGCAACAGAGACAGAGAAAGACAAUAGAACAGUUACAAAGUGAGAAGCAGGCCCUAAUAUUGCUUAAGAAAAGCUUAGAGAAACAGAAAGAGUUACUUACCGCCAAUAUCGGUCGGCCGCCGUCUGACGGUUGGGUUUUAGUGCCACGAAGUGACGAAAGUGAACUUUAGGCGUUUGGUUCGUUUUUACUUAUUUUAACUCUGUGUUAUUAUUUUUAUUUUUUUUUAAUCUAGUUUUUUAAACAUAUCACUGUACAUAUAUGUUUUUAAUAUGACAAAUUUUAAAUGUCUUGGGUUUGUUUCAAUGCAAACAUGCAAGAAAUAAAGUUUUUAUAAUGUUUGA